AUGCACAAGGACCGCCUGCUGGUGCAACCGCUCAGAGAUAAUAUCCGUGUAGAACGCUUCAUGGGAAGAAUCUGCCCUCAGUUUACUGUCCCCCAGUCUCACCACGACACUGGUGUACCGGAUACCGAUUUCGUGCUGUAUGUAGCGGCGGGACCAACUGUACCUAGUAAUCUCGCCUGGGCAGUUAUGUGUCAGAUUAACCCCAGUGGCCGCCCCUUGGUGGGUAUUGCAAAUAUUGGGUCUGUAGACAUUAUUGACAGUAUUCAUUCCUCACGUACUCUAGCGCACGAGAUACUGCAUGCGUUGGGAUUUACAAAUUUUAUAUUUAAAAACAGAAAUAUGCUUGAUACUGUGUCUGUUCGUAAUAAACCAGCAAGUUAUGUUCUGAAGUCGCCCAAAGUGGUGGAAGUCGCGAGGGCUCAUUACGGGUGCAGUACCAUGAAGUACGUGGAGUUGGAGAAUAUGAAUGGCACGGGGUCUGUUGGCUCACACUGGAAGAUGCGCAACGCAAAGGACGAGUUGAUGGCUCCUUCCGAUUCUGCAGGUUUCUACACUGCCAUCACCAUAGCAGCGAUGGAGGACACGGGCUACUACAAAGGCAACUACCGCAAUGCUGAAAGCAUGACAUGGGGUAAGAAUGCCGGUUGUGUGCUCUUUGAUAAGAAGUGCGUUAUUGACGGUGUGUCGCAGGUGCCGGCGAUGUUCUGUGAAAGUCAAUUUACUUCUAUAAAUAUGUAUAAGUGUACAUCAGAUCGGAUGGGAAUUGGUGACUGCAUGUUAAACAUUCAUGAUAACUUGCCAAGAUAUUUCCAGUACUUCCACGAUCCAACAAUCGGUGGGAUAGAUGACCGGAUGGAUUAUUGCCCAUAUAUAAAAGAAUAUUUAAACACUAUGUGUUCAAAUGGGGAUGCAAGUAUUCUCCCUGGUUCUGUGUUUUCAGAAUAUGCGCGAUGCUUUUCAGCUAUCCCAAAUACUCUCAUCAGGAUAAGCAAUCGCCAAAAUAUGCUCUCUAUUUGCGCAGACGUGCAGUGUGACAAGGACACCUCGAGGUACCGUGUGCGCGUGAAGGGCGCCAGUGAUUUCGUGGACUGUCCACCCGGUACUACCCUUGUGCUUUCGGACUACAGUGGUGCGUUUAAGUCUGGUGCAAUCACGUGUGCACCAUAUGAGGUGAUGUGCCCUGAACACAAUUACCCCAACAAUGAAAUUGAUGAAAAUAAAGACGAAAGUACUGACGCAAAUAAUCACAAAAGUAAAGAAAAUAGUACCUACCAAUACAAUCACAUAAGUGCUGACGAAAACAACGACAUAUCCAAUUAUUUCCACAAAAACAUAAAUAUCAUCGAAGACAACAGUGAGACAUUUAGUACAAUUAGGGUUAUGCACUACUUGAUUACACGCUUGCGGCAGUUCUGGCAGAAAUGA